AUGGUAGGGAGUGUGGUGCCGACUGGGCCAGGCCAUAUCCAGGCUGGAGAUGGCAACAGAUGGGGGCCGGCCUCAUCUCUGCUCGGGGCUCAGAAUGAGAUUCAUGACCUUGGGCAAUUUCAGCAGGGUCAAUUCAUCAUUAGGCUGGUCGGCCGGCACACAGAACCACUCCUCAAGAAGAUAUGGGUGGCCGAGCCAGCUUUGAUGGGGUCAACAUAUACAUCGGCUCAUCAGCAGGCACCAUCAACCAUGGCCUGUUUGUAUGGUCAGGGGGCUCAGUGUUGUUGGGGUAAGGUCACUAAUACUUGUGGUUGCUUAUCAAUCGUUCAUGUGACUAUCAACAGUGAUAAUUCUGGGACAUGCAAACUCACUGGCUUGGUUCCAGAUUGGCAGACAAAGGCCUCUAUCCUUGCCUCAGCCAAAGGUCCUUGUUCAAAGACUGCCUCCCACUCAAAACCAAUGACGAACGAAGCUUCCAACGCGAAUCUUUUCGACUUUGGGGGUCUGGAUGAUGACGACACCGACGUGAUGCAGCCAUCUCUGGCUGGCAGUACUUUACAGUGCCCCACCUAUUCCUGCAGGAAUUCAGUCAUUCCAGUGGAAUUCCAGAGGAAUCCAGAGGAAUCUGCAGGAAUUCCACAGGAAUCCAAUGGAAUUACACUGGAUUCCUCUGAACUCAUGUAA